CCGGCGGCUGCUGGGGCUGGGGCUGCGAGGGGAGGGGAAAGAGCCGGAGCGAGCCCUGGUCGUGUCGGGGGGAAGGGGCCACCAGCAGCCAAGACCCCCGAGGCGCUUGCACCUGCCCAGCUUGGGAGCAAGGAGGAGCCCAGCUGGAACAGCCAAGCCAGAGCUCGAGCAAGCGCCCGUCCCACCCCGCCCCCCGCCGCCGCCGCCGCCCCCAUCAUGGUCCAGCAAGCGGAGAGCCCCGAGGCGGAGAGCAACCUUCCCCGGGAGGCGAUGGACACGGAGGAAGGGGAGUUUAUGGCCUGCAGCCCGGUGGCGCUGGACGAGAGCGACCCGGACUGGUGCAAGACGGCCUCGGGCCACAUCAAGCGGCCCAUGAACGCCUUCAUGGUGUGGUCCAAGAUCGAGCGGCGCAAGAUCAUGGAGCAGUCGCCGGACAUGCACAACGCGGAGAUCUCCAAGCGCCUGGGCAAGCGCUGGAAGAUGCUCAAGGACAGCGAGAAGAUCCCCUUCAUCCGCGAGGCCGAGCGGCUGCGGCUCAAACACAUGGCCGACUACCCGGACUACAAGUACCGGCCCAGGAAAAAGCCCAAAAUAGACCCUUCGGCCAAGCCCAGUGCCAACCACAGCCCCGAGAAGAACCCCCCGCCCGGCAAUGGCAGCAGCAGCAGCAACAAGAGCUCCAAAGGCUCCUCCAAGAAAUGUAGCAAAGGGAAAUCCUCCUCCUCCUCCUCCUCUCCUUCCAAGGCCGGGACGAAGCUGGCCCCUCACCCGGGGGACUUGGCGGGAGAGGACUACCCCCAAUUCGGGGCUCUGAAAGUGGGCAGCAAGACCAUCAAGUGCGUCUUCAUGGAGGAGGAGGACGAGGAGGAGGAGGACGAGGAGGACGACCUCCAGCUGAGGAUCAAGCAAGAGGAGGAGGAGGAGGAGGACGACGAGGACCACCAUCACCACCACCACCAACAGCAGCAGCAGCAGCAGCAGCUGAGGCGGUACAACGUGGCCAAAGUCCCCGCCAGCCCCACCUUGAGCUCCUCGGCGGAGUCCACCGAAGGGGCCAGCCUCUAUGAGGAGGUCAGAGGAGGAGGUAGUAGUAGUAGUACCCCUCACGGUGGAGGUGCCGCCAACGCCAGCAGACUCUACUACGGCUUGAAGGGCAUGCCCAAGAGUGCCAGCCACCAGCAGCAGCAGCAAGCAAGCAGCCUGUCCCCGGCUUCCUCCAGGUCCAUCUCCACCUCUUCCUCCUCCUCCUCUUCCUCCUCCUCUGGCGAAGAGGCGGAUGACCUGAUGUUUGAUUUGAGCUUGAAUUUCUCUCAGCACCACCCUCAGUCGGCUUCGGAGCUGGGGGUGAGCUCGGCUUCGGGGAACCUCUCCCUCUCCCUGGUGGAUAAGGAUUUGGAUUCCUUCAGCGAAGGCAGCCUGGGCUCCCACUUCGAGUUCCCCGACUAUUGCACCCCGGAGUUGAGCGAGAUGAUCGCCGGCGACUGGCUGGAGGCCAACUUUUCCGACUUGGUUUUCACUUAUUGAGAAGAAGAAAGGGAGAGGAGGAGGAGGAGGAGGAG